GACAAAUGGAAUGUUCUUGAUAUCACAUGGGCUCGCAGAUUUUUAACGGAAGCAAAGGAAGCAAAAGAACAUGAUUUUACAGCUUUGAAGAAGAAGAUAAAAAAUCAACGCGCAAACAAAAAUUUACAGGAGUACUGGGAAGGAAUAAUAUAUGAACUGGAAAAGGUUUUGAUGCUACUUACUUUUAUGUGUUAUCCUUUUAUACACUAUCAUACAAAUAAUGACCAAAAUCUUGCAAAACAGACGAAAGCAAAACGAGCACAUUACAUCGGAAGCAUGAGCGUAUACUGCGAGGUCACAAAGUCAGCUCGUAAGUGGAAUAGUGACGAAGAAACACCAUCAGUGUCGCCAACCAAACGG